ACAAUAACAGUAUUGCGAAACAUUUCCGGGAAGACCUUACUCAUUUGGCAGUGACCAUUUACUAUUGUAAACAAAACACUUUUCAUCUCACAAAAGCGACCGCUGCACCUUCUGAAAAUGUUUGGAAGGAAACCAAAACAGAGUGGUGGGGGCAGUGGAAGUGAGCAAGGUCGCAGGAAAGGAGCCGACCUUAUGAAUCAGAUGGGCUUUGGGGCCAUGCCUGGACUCGAGGACAUGGAUGCAAUGGUAUAUGGAGAUGAUGAUGAUGAUGAUGAUUUAGAGGCGGAAUUAGCAGCUCUCGCUGGGGAAGAUGAUGGACCUGUUCAAAGGACAAAGCCAAAAAGAAAAGCUCCUAUGCCAAUUGCUGACAUAGAAAAGAUGGCAGCCAUGGGAAUGAAUGAUUUUGAUGAGGAUGUCUCGGACACAGAGGAUCCAGAAUUAUUGGCUGAGUUGGAAGACUUAAAGGAAGACGCCUCGCCAGCUCCGUCUCCCUCCAAAAGCCCUCACGUCAGCCCUGAGAAGUCCACUCCAACAGCCACGCCACCACCUGCUCCUCAGCGCCAGGCGGCCCCCAUCUUUGAACCGACUCUUCCCUCCCAGGCGUUCACCCCUUCCCCUGUGCCUAGAAACCUACCAUCUCCCCAGAAAGCCCCGAGCCCCUCUCCGAGACCCAGUCCCACUCCAGUGUCACCCGCUGCGCAGCCCUCGGGGGCGAGAGGGAUGGUGGGCCUUUUGGAAGAGAGGGUCAACAUGUACAAACAAGCUUCUGCUAAUGCGAAGGCCUCAGGCGACAGUUCGAAGCAAAGGAGACUUGAUAGAGGACUUAAAACUCUGGUUGGACAGUUAAGACAGGCAAAGGCGGGAAAACCUGUCAAUGAAGAAGAAAUUCCUCCUCCCGUGGCUAUGGGGGCUAGCCUGGCUGUGAGCGAGCAUACAGGGGGUUCAACCCCACAGUCUGAUUCUCCACAGAGCCAAUCAGAGCCCUCCACGUCCUCAUUCAUUGCCCCUCCAGCUCCAAAACCAAGCUCUCCUCCAGCGAGACCCUCACCUGGUGGGUCCCUAGCAAGCAACGUAGCCAAGUCUGCUGUUGUUGAAAGGAGAGACCAGUAUCGAAGAGCUGCCUUACAAGCCAAGCACGCAGGGAACUUGGAUAAAGCUCGAGAAUACGUGAAGGUUUCAAAGCAAUUUGAUUCUGUCAUUGAUGCACUUGAUCAAGGAAAGCCAGUGGAUCUGUCAAAAAUGCCUCCACCUCCGUCAGAAUUUGCAGGUGAUGCUUUGAACACAGUCAACAAACCCCAGGCUUCUGUGCCGGUCCAGAGAGUGGCCCACCAGGCUGCUGGAGAGACAGAGCCAGAACCAGACUUGCCAGCCACCACAGCCGAAGAGGAGAAGUCCAUGUUCCAGGCUCCAGAUGCUCCCCGCACAGCGAUGGAGGCCCUGACUCAGAGACUAGACAAGUACAAAUCUUCAGAGAGCUCUGCCAAGGCUGCUGGUGAGGGCAGUAAAGCCAGACGUAUGGGCAGGAUAGUCAAGCAAUAUGAGGACGCUAUAAAAUGCUACAGAGCUGGACGUCCUGUGGACUUUGAAGAACUUCCUUGUCCUCCAGGUUAUGCUCCCAUCCCAGUGGACAAGUCCCCUCCCGGCAGUGCCCCGAGAGCCCCAUCUGGCCCAGCCCCAUCAGGAGCGGCUGCGGGCCGACCUAUCGCACAAACGGCCCCGGCCCCACGACCAGCGGCCCCACGGGCAGCGGCCCCACCUGCUGCUCCGGCUGCCCCUCAGGCCGGGGGCUCUGGUCAACGACCACCUCCUGUACAGCGGCAAGCUUCUGCAAGGAAAAGCCUUCAUUCUCGAUCGGAGCAGCAGCUGGCAUUUCUUCGAGAGAGGCUUGGGGAGUUCCGCCAGGCAGCUAUGAGCGCGAAGAAAAAGCAUGACCUUGAGCUUGCAAAGAAAUAUGUGCGCAUGAUGAAGGGGCUGGAGCCGAUGAUUGAAGCUUUAGAAAGUGGACUGCCGGUGGACUUGUCCCAGGUUCCCCCAUCACCCUUCAACUCUGAUGAGUCGGAAGACAAGUUUGUGGUUGUGUCUGUGGAAGAUUGCCAGCCCACAGGAGACAGAGAGGAGGUCUACAAGUCUUUGCAACAGGACUUGGUCAGGCAGAUCAGGGUGUGUGUGACUAAUGCUCAACAUUAUCAGAAGCUAGGGGAUAUUCCUGCUGCGGCAAAGUUUCAAAAACUGGAGCAAAACAACAGAAGAGAUCUGGAAUCACUGAAGAGUGCAUUCCGGCAUGGUGACCCUUCCCCUAGGUUUCACUAUGAGACGAGGAGCUUUUCAAUGGUUCAGUGUAACACAGAUUUGGGUGAUGCGGAUUUGGAAUUGACCGUCAUCAGAGGUAUCCAGUACAACUUACCAUCAGGUUACUCAGAGAAAGACAUGGACACCCAAGUGAAGUACGAGUUUGCCUAUCCUACCGAUGAAGUGCAGUCUGGUGGAACUGGGACUGUGAAAGACUCCAUUAAUCCAGAGUACAAUGAGACCUUCAAAAUUUCUAUUAACAGGAAGUCAAAAGGCCUUUUCAGAUUUGUGGAUAGAAAAAGUCUGAAACUGGAAAUCUUUAUAAAAAGGAGCUUUUUCAAAGGUGACAAACUUCAUGGCACGGUCAAUGUGAAGCUUCAACCCCUGGAGAGUCAGUGUACAUUACAUGAGAGUUACGAUUUGAUGGACGGUAGAAAAACUGUCGGUGGCAAGUUGGAAGUGAAGAUCCGCAUCCGAGAUCCAUUUAAGAAUAAGCAAGUGGACGAGGUGAAAGAAAAGUGGCUGGUCAUUGAUCAGUUCAUCAGGACAGUUGGCUCCAGGAGCCAAGCUGAAGCAAAGACUUCUCCCAAGUCUCACAGUCUGAACAAAGGAAAUACUCACAGUUUCUUUGAUGGAACUACCUGCAUGGAAGUCCUGCGCUAUGAAAAGGGGAUGCUGGACAAACAAAUCUACCAACUGAAGGACAGUCUGAGCGUCACACAGACCCAAGCCCUCAGGCACAAGAGUGCUCUCAUUGAGGAAAAGAUUGAACUACAGCAGAAAAAACUGAGGGAAGGAGGAUUGGAAGCUUGGAAGGCAUAUCUGGCUGUUGUGAAAAGUGAAGCUGUCAGCUUUGAGCAAGAGGCGCGGCAGUAUGUCAGAGUGGGAGAAGUGCAGAAGGCUGAGCUGAUGAUGAAUAAGAAAAAGUUAGCAGAAAAAGAGAUAGCUGCGAUCAAAGCAAAGAUACCAGAUGCCUGAGACUGGUGAAUUGGACAAGGCCCUACUACCUGUACUGUAGAUACUGAGAACAUCGUGGUCAAAUCAGGCACAAGGGGCUCUUGAGGCCUAGUGGUUAAGGUGUUCGCCUCUCAUUCAAAGGUCG